GUGUUGUGCUCCACCCCAGAGGGAGGCACCAUGGCCGGUAAGGUGAAGUGGGUGACGGAUAUUGAGAAAUCAGUGCUCAUCAACAACUUCGAGAAGAGGGAUUGGAUUCAUGUCACCGAAAACGAUGACUGGAAUUUCUAUUGGAUGAGCAUCCAGACCAUCAGAAAUGUGUUCAGCGUGGACACCGGCUACCGCCUGACCGAUGAGCAGAUGGUUAACCACUUCCCCAACCACUAUGAGCUGACCAGGAAGGACCUGAUGAUCAAGAACAUCAAACGGUACCGCAAGGAUCUGGAGAAGGAAAGCAGUCCGCUGGCAGAGAAGGACGAGAACGGGAAAUACACUUAUUUAGAUUUUGUCCCUGUGACGUUCAUGCUCCCGGCCGAUUAUAAUCUCUUUGUGGAGGAGUAUCGAAAGAACCCGUCCAGCACGUGGAUCAUGAAACCCUGCGGGAAGGCUCAGGGCAAAGGCAUCUUCCUCAUCAACAAACUGUCCCAGAUAAAAAAAUGGUCCAGAGACAGCCGCACCUCCACGUUUGUAGCUGCAAACAGUGGCAAGGAGGCCUAUGUCAUCUCCGUGUACAUCGACAACCCUCUGCUGAUCGGAGGGAAGAAGUUUGACCUGCGCCUCUACGUUCUGGUGACUACAUAUCGACCUCUGAAAUGCUACAUGUACAAGCUGGGUUUCUGUAGGUUCUGCACAGUCAAGUACACACCCAGCACCAGUGAACUGGACAACAUGUUUGUUCACCUCACUAACGUGGCCAUCCAAAAACACGGGGAUGACUACAACCACGUCCACGGAGGCAAGUGGACGGUCAGUAACCUGCGUCUGUACCUGGAGAGCACCAGAGGGAAGGAGGUGACCAGCCGGCUGUUCGACCAGAUCCACUGGAUCGUCGUGCAGUCGCUGAAGGCCGUAGCUCCUGUGAUGAACAAUGACAAACACUGUUUUGAGUGCUACGGGUAUGACAUCAUUAUCGAUGACAAGCUCAAGCCAUGGCUUAUCGAGGUCAAUGCCUCCCCCUCGCUGACUUCCAGCACAGCCAACGACCGCAUCCUGAAGUACAACCUCAUCAACGACACCCUGAACAUCGUCAUGCCCAACGGGGACAUCCCAGACUGCCGCUGGAAUCGCAGCCCGCCCCGCGAGGCUCUGGGCAACUAUCAAGUCCUGUACGAUGAAGAGCAGGCCCAGAGUGAGAACGCUGAGCGGGACCUGCGGAGCCGCUCGGGUCAGUCCCUGGGGUCAAAGGGCAGCAAGGGGAGUGCAGGCGUUCGCCCUGUCGCCGCCACCUGGAAGUGAGGUGACAUCGCUGGCUCUUAAUGACUUCCUCCACAUCAUUACAGAGUCCAACAGUGGGCACAGGAGAUAAAAAAGAAACCAGACUUUUUUUUUUAUCCUUGCUUUUCGAUGGAGGACUGCUGACCCUGUCUCCACAUUUCACUGACUGAGGGGAGACAACUCCACUGCUGCAGAGGAGGAAAAUCAAUAUCGUGGUCCUAUUUGGAGAGUUAAUAAGCCUGGUUUGGGGAAUGUUUGUAUAAAUGACUAACUAACAAUACAGACAUUAUGUUGGUGGGGUCAAUGUCCCAACAGCUGCUCGCACCCAAGCCCAUGCUCCCUGUGAAGAUAAGGACACAAUAAAUGAGAGAAAGAAAAAGUCCAUGAAACCUUGAAAAGGAGGACAUUUGAAACUAGUAAAUUAUGUAAACCAAUGGAAUUACAAUCCAACGUAACAAGGAGGAUUAAAACCACCUGAACUAUGCAUGGUUACGAGUCCUUACACUGUAACUUGACCCCACACAGGUGCUAAAAAGAAGAAGCUCUGAGAGGAAGUGGAAUAAUAAAAUAUACAGAAUAAAGGGACAAGAGAUUGAACUGUUAUAAAGAGUCUAGAGAUAUAAUAUACGGAUAUAAUUAACUGUGCUUAAUGUGUUUAAUGAGUUUGAAUAAUGAUUUUUAUAUGUUUAUCAGUAUGCAUUUGCAGGGGGCUUCAUUACGAUUGUAUUCAGAGCUGAACCCUGUCGCACUUUAUCAAAUUGUUUUCGCUUGACUUUAAAAAUCAAUAUGUUGCAAUUUCCGUUGCACUGAAGUCAUAUCUACUGCACAUCUUAAAUACUUAUAUGUGUUGGUAAUGUAUUAGCUCUCAGCUUUAUUUGUCUGCUACUACUGACAUGUUGAAUUAGCAAUGAUGACAAGCCUUUUGAUUCACUGAAGUAAGGCUACAGUAUUUCGUUUUUUUAGCAGUAUACUUGGUACUGUGGUAUUUGCACCUUUUUUUUUUUUUUUUACAUAUAAUGUAUUAGUUAACAAUGAUUAGGGUAAUUUAAAGUGAAGAAAGGGUCAAUACACUCACCAAUAAAUCAAGGCUAAUGUCAAUGAUCAAGAUAAUCAUAAUAAUCUCUUUAUUUACUCUAAAACAAAGGGGGUCUUCUGUAUAUUGAUUAAAGUAAAAUGGAGAAAGCGUAAACACACCAGUGACCUGAUUAAGAUUACAUUCCAAGGGGUCCUAUAGCCUUUGGUAAAUCUAGUCUCUCUGGAGUUUGGAUUUAUCAGAGGUCAAUCUUUCAAAAGCUAAAUGACCUUUCUGUUCCUGCUGUUACUGAGAGGAGAUUAAGCCUCUGCAUGGCACUGUUCCGUGUCCUUGAAAUGUUGACCCUUCCCCACCACCUCUACCUUGUUGUUUCCUCAUGGACCGUUACUACAUGCAGAAUUUCCAUUUGUCAAGGUGUGUUAGCCAUAAGUGUACAAAAUUAAAUCUCUUACGAAAUUCCCCCUAAUCAUCUGAUCUGUAUGAGUAAGUGUUGGGCAGAAAGACACUCACAUCAUGACCACAUUUACUGAGAGAUGUAUUUAACUCCCAGGUGUGAGCCGACAUGAUGGUAGAUUCUCACUUCUUUAUUGUGGUCAUAAACUGUGCAGCUUUUUUUAUUUGAGCUUUGCAGCACUGAGAUCUCUUUGUAUGAUAAAUGCAUUAUUUCCCUUUAGUUUGUAUCUACCUUUCAAUAAAAUAUCCAUAUUGGUGCU